AAGGUUACGUUAGAGUGAAAGUUUUUUUUGUGUAACAUUAUGUUUAAUUUUAAACUUUUUUUUAACACUUGAACAAAGAAAGUUUGUUAUCAGAUAACUGUUUUAAGAUAAAAAGUAAUAUGAAUUUUGAAAUCUGCUGACUGCAUUGAUAAUACAUCGAUGUGUGAACUUGCACUAAAAAUUAAAUAAAUAUCAACAAGACAAGACAAGAAUUCGAAAAUUUAUCUAACUAAAGAUGUUUUGAAAUUUAUGGUUAUAUUGCAGUAUACCUGGCGUUGUAACAAUGGAUUUAAGUGAGUUAGCUAUAGAACUGUUUUGUCAAUUCGACCCUGAUAAAAAAGGAUACAUCACAAAGGACCAAUUAUUGGACGGUAAUAACAGGAAUGGACCUUUUUCUGAAGUGCAAAUUCAUUCCAUUUUCUCCUUAUUGGAUAAAGAUAACAAAGGGGUGAUAACUUUAUCGGAUUUUACUGACGCCUUUCUUGACGUUUCUGACGGCGGCAAUCAAAAUGAAAUCGACGACUAUACAAACAAUGCUGACGACAACGAUGGUAUAUAUUGUACUGAUGAUGUUUACGACAACGAAGACGACGACAUAAAUGACGAUGACGUUGAGAAUAGUCGUGCUCAUGUCGAAAUAUACGACAGUAUUGAAAACGAAUAUGACGCUAUUAACGAUGAAUACGACCAUAGCAACGAAGAUAUUUAUAAUUAUUUGAACACAGUAAACGAUAAAGCUUUUAAGGAUAGAAUAUCUAAAGCCGACACCAGAAAGUUCAACUCAACAGAAUCGCUGUCAGUCAAGAGUUCAAUAUACAGAACAAGCAGUGCUAAUGAAUGCCUCGAUGACGGUCAUUUAGAUGAAUACUGGUGGGAACAUGGACAAAGAAUAGACGGUUUAACUCAAUCGAUAUUGACACGAAGAGAAUCAUUACCAUCUUUUAAUUCAAUAUCGCGAAAACCAAAAACGAACUUGCUGAAAGCGAAACAAUGGCGUUCUUACGAUUGUGGUAUAGAUCGCUGUUUCGUCGCUUCAAAUAACUCAGCUUUCAAGCGCGAAACUUAUAAAACUAAAUCCUAUGACGACAAAAAACGUGAUUUUAAUCGCAUAUUAAGUAAACAUAAUUCAACUGAAGCAGUUCAAAGCCACGAGCAUAUUAUACGAACUAUAAAAGAUAAGAAUUUACAUCAAUCCGGUAACCCGGUGUCGCAGGAAUUCGAUGAAAUUUUCGGCAGUACUCGCCAAACUGUCGUUCGUUGCAAUAGUUGUACAGGACUAAACAGCGAGUCUGGCUCUUCAGACGAUAACAUUUACAUCCAGAAAAUAAUAAGACCUACACUGAAGAAGUUUAUGUCUCAAAGCAACUCCAAUUUAGCACAUGAUAAACUCAAUGGAGGUAGGUCUCAGCAACUUUUAAAGACACAAUCUUCAUUAGAUUUGUACGAUGGAAAGGAUUCGGUUUUCAAUGACCACAAUCAAGAAAAUUCUCCAAGAAUACAAAAACGAAAAGGUUACUCAUCAAUUGAAAACUUACUGUCACGUGACAAACAUUUAAAAAAUGGUUUUUCAAACGAGCAUUUGAGUACAUCACGUGAUAAUCUAUCUGAGGAAUGGGAAGCAUAUUUGAGAAGAAUCGGUGGAGUGUCUUUAUUCGCAGGAAACAAGAUGCUUAGGUAUCUAUGGCAACAACUCGGAGCGUAUCAAAAAGAUCUUAUGCUGCCGUUAGAAGACUUUUUAAAAGGCGUCAUAGAAGAGCAUAAGGGUGUAUAUACACGAUGUCAAGAUCUCGAAAGCACGUUGCACACGAAAGUUGAACAGCACGAAAGAGAUAUUGACAACCUGUACGAAGAUUUUGAACGCACUAUGCAAAGAGAGUUGAUACAAUUGGAGAAGAAGCACACUGACAGGGAGGAAUCGUUAAAAGCAGAGUUUCAUCGUAUCAUCGAUUUGAAAGAACAGGUGUACCAAGAAAAUUUAAGUUAUACAGCAGAGAUUACAGGGAGGUUGGAACACUGCAGCGAAGAGAUAACUGACUUACAGACGCAGAAGCGCAGGACUGAAGACCAGUAUCGUCAGCUCGUGCAUGAACAACAUCUUCAUCUGAUUGAGACCGAUCAAAUGCAAGAAGAAAAUCACAAUCUGAAACAGAAAAAUGAAGAAUACCAAGAGAACAUUAGAGAUCUUCAAGAUUAUAUUAACCAAAUAUUAAAGAAUGCUGAAGAAGAAAAAGAAAAAAAUAGAGGAUUCAUGAGGCAGUUUAAAGAUCUUUUAGAAGAGAAAGAAUUUCUUGAAGCAAACAUAUCAAAUUUAUCAGUGGAAAACACUGAGCUAAGAAACUUAAACAUCACGCUAAGUCCUCGUGAUGAUGAUAUCACUGAAAGCUUCAAAUUGUUAGAAGAAGAUGCGUUGAACAUAACAACAACAAACAACAACAUCCUAACAGAAGAUCAAACACAAUUCCAACCCACCCUUAACCAAAGCAUGUCGCUGCACGACGAGUUAAACAGACCAUACGAAGAAGAGGAAGAAGAAGAAAUCUUUACUGCAGAUCCGUUACCAUCUAUGAGUAAUGGUGUGGAAGAAUCUGAAAACAGCGUAGUUGUUAACGAUGAGGAGCGUACUUUUGUUGAUUCUGUGGAUAAAAGUGAUGUGGAAUCUGAUGAUGAUCAAGUGCACACUAGUACACCAAGAAAGUCUUCAGCAAUCCGAUUCGCCUCAGCUGUUCAGACGCAAUUUAAAGUUAUUUUAUGUGGUGAUUGCGGUGUUGGAAAGACAAGCAUUAUCCAUAGAGUGUGUUUUAACAAGUUUUCCAAGGCUCGUCAUGAAACCACACAACUCGACUCGUACACGAAAGUAAUUGAAACAGAAGAAAGUGUCAUUAAGCUUAACCUGUGGGACACAGUUGGCCAGGAGAGGUUUAACAGCCUACCACGUUCGUACUAUCGCAAAUCGGAUGUUGUCAUUCUUGUGUACGAUAUUAGUGAAGAAAGUUCAUUCAUCAAUGCGAGGUCGUGGAUACGAGCUGUUCAUGAUUUGACGAGUGAGAACGUGUUGCUGCUUCUUGUUGGACACAAAUCCGAUCUCGAUCACAGAAGAAGCGUACCCCGUGAGAAGGGAGAGAUGUUAGCCAAGGAUAACGAUGCUAUAUUUAUUGAAACCAGUGCAAAAUCUGGUGAUAACAUCCAGAAAAUGAUUGAUAUGAUAUCGAGUACUUUACUCGCACAAAACGAAUAUGUGUUGGUUCAAAAUUGUUUCGAGCAAACGAUUCGCGUGGAUGAUAAAUUUCUCAGUAAACAGCAAUGCUGCGCCUCUUGAAUCUUCUUCACAAAUCACUUUUUUGGUUUGUUUGUACACGAAAUGAAUCAUUUUUAUAUUUUUAUUUCCAUAAAUUUAAUGCAUUUUGCGCUCUCUGACAUUUUCCCCGCUUUCUUUCCCGGCAACCUCGUCCCGAGGGUCUUGUGGCCCCUGAGCCGUUAAAACGAGGUUGCUUUCCCGGAUUUGUGUCUUUAUCAUAACCGAUUCCUUGAUCGCUUUUUUAGCCAAUCACAGCGUCGGUUUUUUCAUUUUGAGCCAAUCAGCGUUCUGUUUUAUUUGUAUAUUUUACGCUACACAUUUUUUGUACUGGUGUUAGUAAAUAGCUUAUUUAUUUUUAAAAACACUUUUUUGAAAGUUUAUCUGAAAGAAAUUUGUAAAUAAUAUUUUAUAUGUAAUAUAGUAAUGAAGUUUUAAGAAAAAUAAAAAUCAUGAGAAAGA